CCAUUAUCUAGAAGGCUUUGACGAAACGAAAGGACAACAACAAAACAUCAUCAAAGAAGAAGAAUCGCGAUAAAAGAAAAUAAAAUAAAUGUCACUUGUUAAGAUUUUUAAAUCUUGCUAUCGUAUAAAUGCACAAGGAAAAUUAUGGAACGUUAUGAAACAGUGCACAGGUUGGGUAAAGGUGGAUGUGGAGCAGUUUAUCUCGUUAGGCAAAAGGACUCCAGAAAGCUUUUUGCAUUGAAGACAAUAGAGCUUGAUGAGCAUAAGAAGACCAGAACUAAAGAAGCAGUGCAAAAGGAAGCCAAAAUAUUAUCACAGUUGAAGCACCCACACAUUGUGUUAUACCAUGAGUCUUUCUUUGACUCUGACUUUGAAUACUUACACAUCAUACAGGACUAUUGUGAUGGAGGAAACCUUGACGACAAAAUCAAAACAGCUGCUGUUAAAACAAGACAUUUUGAUGAGACACAGAUCAUGGAGUGGUUUAUACAGAUAAUAAUGGCUGUACAGUAUAUCCACAGUAAAAAAGUUUUACACAGAGAUUUGAAAGCAGAGAAUGUUUUCCUAACCAAGAAAAAUGUAGUCAAAAUAGGUGACUUUGGUAUCUCGAAGGUACUUGAGAACACUAUUGAUGUUGCACAGACAAUUGUUGGAACUCCUAGUUACCUCAGUCCGGAAUUGUGCCAGGAUAUACCUUACUCAUCAAAAUCCGAUGUUUGGGCUGUAGGCUGUCUACUGUAUGAACUUUGUGCACUGAAAUCACCCUUUGAUGCACAGAAUCUCAUCAGUUUGUUCUUUAAAAUCAUCAAAUGUGAAUUCGAGCCAAUUCCCAGUAUAUACAGCCGAGAAUUACUAGAGCUGGUGAACAUGAUCUUAGUAAAGUCUCCUGAUGAUAGACCAAGUGCCAGUGCAUUACUGAAUACAGCGCUAGUGAAGAAACAUCUAGCCAUGUUUAUUCAGCAAAAAGAAAAUUUACUGCAACAGAAAUCUUCCAAAGAUGACUCCACUUCCUCAACUUCCACACCACAACACACUCCUAGUGGAGGACUGAAGCAGAAGGUACCAAAAAGCAAUAUAGACAAGCCAAGUCCAGUUUUGAAAAGAAACAAGUUAAAGAUAUCAACACCAAUGUUACAGAAGACAGAUUUGUUAGCGGACAAUACAGAGUUGACCAGUAGAGAGCGUUUACCACAUGGUCAAGACAGUGGGUUAGGAGUCAGUGCAGAAACUGAUAUAUUAAAAGAAAACAGGCUGGAUGUUUCAAGACUUGAUGCUGAGGCUUUGUCUGACUACUCUGAUGACUUUGAUGAAGCAGAUUCUGAUACUGAAGAAGAUAUAAAGGAAGAGAUUGAGUGUGCUGACAGUGGAGGAUCAGAAGAUGAAAUAGAGGACAUUACAGAGAACACAGAUGAGGUUGAAUAUGCUGAUGAUUUUGAAGAAUAUGAUUCCAGUGAGGAUUUAGAUGCAAUGGUUCAUCUAGCAAGAGAGGCACAGGAUAUAGCAGCAGUAGAUGACUGGUUCUCAGAUAGUAUAUCAGAUCUACAAAGACAACAAACUGCCAUGUUGAGACAGCAGUGUAAGGAAGCAUUAGGGGGUAGAGGUUUGAAGGAAGUUGAGCGUCUAGUCAGUGAUGGUACAUUAACAGAGGAAGAUCUCAGAAAACACCAGUUUUAGUCCACGGUUUGCAUUGAAAAGAUCCCUAGGUGAAGACAGUGCAGAAAUUUGUCAUCUCAAUAUAGACGAGCUCGAGUUGGGAUGAAUAACCAAGGAACUAGCCUUACCAAGCUAAGGAAGUAAAUGUGCAAUAUCCGUCCAGCAAAUUGCUUGUGAUAAUCAUAUAAACAGACAGAGUACAAAAAUGUGAAAAGCAUUAUUUGUAGAAGUUGUAUUUUAUAGUGCUAGUGUUUACAUACAUUAUGUAACAGAGAAUGAUAAAUGAAUGCAGUUUCACAUACCUUGUUGUAAUGCCUAAAUGAAAAUUUUGUUUGUUUGCCAUUUCUGCCAUUUCAACCAGAAUUCCACUGCUCAGACAAAUUUGUUUACCUAAAAAGUAUUUUUUUAGCUCAUCUGAGCCAAAGGCUCAUGGUGAGCUUUUGUGACUGCUCAGUGUCAGCAUUUUCUAAAAAAAUCUUCUUCUUGGAAACCAGUGGGCAGAAUUACACCAAACUUCAAAAUUGUUCGAAGAAUUGAAUUCCAUGCAGAAAUCUGGUUGUUAUGGCAACCGAAAGGAAAAACUUUAAAAAUCUUCUUGUCCAAAACCGCAAGGGGUAGAGCAUUGAUAUUUGGCUUGUUACAUCGUCUAAUGGUCCUCUGUGAAGAUAAUUCAAAUUGUGCCCCUGGGGUGAAAAGAGGCCCCGCCCCAGGGGUCCCAAGUUUUACAUAGACUUAUAUAGGAAAAAACUUUAAAAAUCUUCUUGUCUAAAACCACAAGACCUAGGCCUUUGAUAUUUGGUGUGUAGCAUUGCCUUGUUGUCCUCUACCAAUAUUGUUCAAAUUCUUACCCUGGGGUGAAAAGAGGCCCUGCCAUUGGGGGUCUCAAGUUUUACAUAGACUUAUAUAGGAUAAAACUUUAAAAAUCUUCAUGCCUGAAAGUUCAUGGCCUAGGCUUUUGAUAUUUGGUAUGUAGCAUUGUCUAGUGGAUCUCUAAUAUGAUUGUUCAAAUUAUGCCCCUGGGGUGAAAAGAGGCCCCGCCCUGGGGGUCACUUGAUUUAUGAGUUAUAUAGAAAAAAUAUUUAAAAAAUUAUCAGAUCAUAUUUCCUAGACUGUUUAAUUAUAAUUACCUGAUGACCGCAAGUGAUCAGGGGUCACCUUACUGUGACCUUGACCUACUGACCUACUUUCUUGUUAGCUCACCUGUCACAUAGUGACAAGGUGAGCUUUUGUGAUCACCCUUCGUCCGUCGUCAGUCCGUGCGUCCGUCGGUGCGUCAACAAUUUCUUGUCUGCACGAUAGUGGUUUCAUUUAUGAUUUUAUUUUAACCAAACUUGCACACAACUUGUACCACCAUAAGAUCUCGGUUCCUUUCUUGAACUGGCCAGAUCCCAUUAUGGGUUCCAGAGUUAUGGCUCCUGAAAGGGCCAAAAUUAGCUAUUUUGACCUUGUCUGCACAAUAGCAGCUUUAUUUAUAACUUGAUUUUUACCAAACUGGCACACAAGUUGUAUCACCAUAAGAUCUUGGUUCCUUUAUUGAACUGGCCAGAUUCCUUAUGGGUUCCAGAGUUAUGGCUCCUGAAAGGGCCAAAAUUAGCUAUUUUGACCUUGUCUGCACAAUAGCAUCUUCAUUUAUGGUUGUAUUUUAACCAAACUUGCACACAACUUGUAUCACCAUAAGAUCUUGGUUCCUUUCUUCAACUGGCGAAAUUCCUUUAUGGGUUCCAGAGUUAUCGCCCCUGAAAGGGCCAAAAUUAGCUGUUUUGACCUUGUCUGCACAAUAGCAGCUUCAUUUAUGAUUUGAAUUUAAUCAAACUUGCUCAAAACUUGUGUCACCAUAAGAUCUCGGUUCCUUUUUUAAACCGGCCAGAUCCCUUAAUGGGUUCCAGAGUUAUGGCCCCUGAAAGGGCCAAAAUUAGCUAUUUUGACCUUGUCUGCACAAUAGCAGCUUCAUUUAUGAUUUGUUUUUAACCAAACUUGCACACAACUUGUAUUACCACAAAAUCUUGGUUCCUUUCUUGAACUGGCCAGAUUCCAUCAUGGGUUCCAGAGUUAUGGCCCCUUAAAGGUCCAAAAUUGACUAUUUUGGCUUUGCAGCCAUAUAGAUACUUCAUUUAUGGUUUUAUUUGAUACAAACUUCCAAAAUAUCUUCAGCAACAAUAAAUCUUGGAUUCCAUGACAAAUCAGAUCCAAUUGUAGGUUCCAGAGUUAUUUUAUAUCUGAUUACCUCCCCUGAUUGUAAUCAAAAUGGAUUUAUAUCAGUAAGUACUUAUAGGACUUAUUUGAAAUUUCAUUAUUGUCAUUAGUUGGACUGAGCCAAUCAGGGUAGAUAACUAUGGACUGAUUUUAUGUCAAAUUACCUCCCUUUAUUUCAAAUUAAAAUGGGUAUAUCUCCGUAACUAAUGAAGAUACUGAUCUGAAAUUUCAUUUAUGUCAACAGAUUUUUUUGGCAGAUCCUUCUUUUGUUCACGUCAAUAAAUUUUUUUUUAAUUACUUCCCUUUUACGUUACUAUAAAUAGCUUAUUUUUAGUAACUUUUUAGCUCACCUGUCACAAAGUGACAAGGUGAGCUUUUGUGAUCGCGCGGUGUCCGUCGUCCGUCCGUCCGUGCGUCCGUCCGUCCGUGCGUCCGUCCGUCCGUAAACUUUUGCUUGUGACCACUCUAGAGGUCACAUUUUUCAUGGGAUCUUUAUGAAAGUUGGUCAGAAUGUUCAUCUUGAUGAUAUCUAGGUCAAGUUUGGGAAAAUGGGUCACGUGCCAUCAAAAACUAGGUCAGUAGGUCUAAAAAUAGAAAAACCUUGUGACCUCUCUAGAGGCCAUAUAUUUCACAAGAUCUUUAUGAAAAUUGGUCAGAAUGUUCAUCUUGAUGAUAUCUAGGUCAAGUUCGAAACUGGGUCACAUGCCGUCAAAAACUAGGUCAGUAGGUAUAAAAAUAGAAAAACCUUGUGACCUCUCUAGAGGCCAUAUAUUUCAUAAGAUCUUCAUGGAAAUUGGUCAGAAUGUUCACCUUGAUGAUAUCUAGGUCAAGUUCGAAACUGGGUCACGUGCCUUCAAAAACUAGGUCAGUAGGUCUAAAAAUAGAAAAAGCUUGUGACCUCUCUAGAGGCCAUAUAUUUCACAAGAUCUUCAUGAAAAUUGGUCAGAACGUUCACCUUGAUGAUAUCUAGGUCAUGUUCGAAACUGGAUCACGUGCCAUCAAAAACUAGGUCAGUAGGUUAGAUAAUAGAAAAACCUUGUGACCUCUCUAAAGGCCAUAUUUUUCAUGGGAUCUGUAUGAAAGUUGGUCUGAAUGUUCAUCUUGAUGAUAUCUAGGUCAGGUUCGAAACUGGGUCACAUGCGGUCAAAAACUAGGUCAGUAGGUCUAAAAAUAGAAAAACCUUGUGACCUCUCUAGAGGCCAUAUAUUUCAUGAGAUCUUCAUGAAAAUUGGUCAGAAUGUUCACCUUGAUGAUAUCUAGGUCAAGUUCGAAAGUGGGUCAUGUGCCUUCAAAAACUAGGUCAGUAGGUCAAAUAAUAGAAAAACCUUGUGACCUCUCUAGAGGCCAUAUUUUUCAUGGGAUCUGUAUGAAAGUUGGUCUGAAUGUUCAUCUUGAUGAUAUCUAGAUCAAGUUUGAAAGUGGGUCACGUGCCAUCAAAAACUAGGUCAGUAGGUCAAAUAAUAGAAAAACCUUGUGACCUCUCUAAAGGCCAUAAUUUUCAUGGGAUCUGUAUGAAAAUUGGUCUGAAUGUUCAUCUUGAUGAUAUCUAGGUCAAGUUCGAAACAGGGUUAUGUGUGGUCAAAAACUAGGUCAGUAGGUCUAAAAAUAGAAAAACAUUGUGACCUCUCUAGAGGCCAUACUUGUGAAUGGAUCUCCAUAAAAAUUGGUCAGAAUGUUCACCUUGAUGAUAUCUAGGUCAGGUUCGAAACUGGGUCACGUGUCUUAAAAAACUAGGUCAGUAGGUCAAAGAAUAAAAAAACCUUGUGACCUCUCUAGAGGCCAUACUUUUCAUGGGAUCUGUAUGAAAGUUGGUCUGAAUGUUCAUCUUGAUGAUAUCUAGGUCAAGUUUGAAACUGGGUCAACUGCGGACAAAAACUAGGUCAGAAGGUCUAAAAUUAUUAAAAUCUUUUGACCUCUCUAGAGGCCAUAUUUUUCAAUGGAUCUUCAUGAAAAUUGAUCUGAAUGUUCACCUUGAUGAUAUCUAGGUCAAUUUUGAAACUGGGUCACAUGCGGUCAAAAACUAGGCCAGUAGGUAUAAAAAUAGAAAAACCUUGUGACCUCUCUAGAGGCCAUAUUUUUCAUGAGAUCUUCAUGAAAAUUAGUGAGAAUGUUCACCUUGAUGAUAUCUAGAUAAAGAUCAAAACAGGGUCACGUACCUUCAAAAACUAGGUCAAUAGGUCAGAUAAUAGAAAAACCUUGUGACCUCUCUUGAGACCAUAUUUUUCAAUGGAUCUUCAUGAAAAUUGGUCUGAAUUUUUAUCUUGAUAAUAUCUAGGUCAAGUUCAAAACUGGGUCACAUGAGCUCAAAAACUAGGUCACUAUGUCAAAUAAUAGAAAAAACGACGUCAUACUCAAAACUGGGUCAUGUGGGAAGAGGUGAGCGAUUCAGGACCAUCAUGGUCCUCUUGUUUAUUAUUGGCUGUAGGGAAAAACUGAGACCACUUUUCUGUGGUACAACAUGGAUGGUACCUCCAAUGUUUAGGUGUAUUUUGACAUAUCUGUACCUUGUAAGAAUUUUUUUUUCUUUUUGGUUAAAUUUCUUCCCUUUGUUGUUCCUGUCCUUUGGACUUAGAUAUUUUUUCUGAGGACCUUCUUGUCCUCAAGUGCAGUGAUAACAGGUGAGCGAUAUAGGGCCAUCAUGGCCCUCUUGGUUUUUAAGAUACAGCCUUGAAAUUUGGAUAACAUGUACAGUUUUGCACUCCGAUUUUAAAACUGACUUUCAGUGACUAUGAAUGUGACCUACUUUCUUAAUAUUUUAGCAUCAGUUUGCCAUUUGAAACAUGUGGCUCAUAUAACUCAGCUGAGCGAGCCAGGGUCAUCAUGACGCUCUUGUUUGUUAUUUUUGCACAUUAAAAUUAUUUUUGUCUUGUA